AGUCACGGCCCAUUUGCACCACCGUCUGCUCUCUCACGGACCCCCACAGCACCCACCAGCAAAAGGACAACCAGGGACACAGCUCACCAGGCUUUCUCCAUCACCAAAAGGGGGACGCAGCAGAUUUCACCAAGGAGCCUGACGCUACAAUUUAGGCACCAGCUGCUAUACCUCCACCGAAUCCCCCUCCACCUUGUCCCAUCCUUCCCAACAGCACCACCGCUCCUCUCUCGCUCCUCCCUAUGCCCUUGUCCUCGGCGGCUCCUCUCACCUCCCUGGCCAGUAUAUGGAUAGAAGCUCCCUGUUUCAGCUCAUACAAGAGCAGCUGGACCCAGACAACACCGGUUUCAUCGCAGUGGAGAACUUCACCAGCUUGGUGGAGCACCAUGAGCUGCAGCUGGACCCGUCCAAACUGGACAUGCUGUUAGCGCUGGUCCAGAGCAAUGAGGAGGGACAGGUGUGCUACCAGGAGCUCAUCGAGCUGAUGAGCAGUAAGCGCUCCAGCAGCUUCCGACGGGCCAUAGCUAAUGGCCGCCGCACGCUGCAGAGGGAGAUCCUGCUGGACGAGACGGGGCUGGGUCUGUACAAACGUUUUGUCCGCUAUGUGGCCUACGAGAUCCUGCCCUGCGAGACGGACCGACGCUGGUACUUCCACCAGAACCGCCUGUGUCCCCCGCCUGUCUUCAUCGCCAUCGUCACCAUCGUGCAGAUCAUCGUGUUCAUGUGCUACGGCAUCAUGCUGAACAAGUGGGUGCUGCAGACCUACCAGCCCGACUUCAUGAAGAGCCCGCUGGUCUACCAUCCCGGCCACCGAGCACAAGUGUGGCGCUUCUUCAGCUACAUGUUCAUGCACGUUGGUUUGGAGCAGCUGGGGUUCAAUGCUUUACUGCAGCUGAUGAUCGGCGUUCCUUUGGAGAUGGUCCAUGGCAUCUUACGGAUAAGUCUUCUAUACAUGGCAGGAGUGCUGGCUGGCUCGCUGACAGUGUCCAUCACCGACAUGCGUGCUCCGGUGGUGGGGGGGUCCGGAGGGGUCUACGCUCUGUGCUCGGCACAUCUGGCCAACGUCGUCAUGAACUGGGCCGGGAUGCGUUGUCCAUACAAGCUGCUCCGCAUGAUCCUGGCUCUAGUCUGCAUGAGUUCGGAGGUGGGUCGUGCCGUCUGGCUCCGCUUCUCCCCGCCGCUGCCCUCCUCGGGGCCCCAGCCCAGCUUCAUGGCCCACCUGUCGGGGGCCGUGGUGGGCAUCAGCAUGGGGCUGCUGAUCCUGCGCAGCUACGAGGAGAGCCUGCAGAAGCAGUGCUCCUGGUGGGUCAUCGUCUUCUCCUUCAUCACCUUCCUCCUCUUCGCCAUCUUCUGGAACAUCUUUGCAUACGAGCUGCUGGGGGUGCAGAUCCCGCCACCUCCCUGAUGAAGGCCCCCCACGCCCCCCCCCCCCUCUCCACAGGUCCUAAACCACACACACACUGACUCAAACCUUAAAAAACAAACCCCUUUGACCAUAGUUAGCAUUUCCUCUCAAGUUAGACCCCAAUGAAAUGAUACAAAAUCAUUCAAAACAAAAAUGAUCUUUUUUACAGAUACUUUGCAAAUCAAAGAAAUAUGUCUCUUUUAUUAAAGAGGGAUUACAGUAGCAACAAGACCAGGUGAAAGUUCCUCAGAUCCAUUUCGAGGAGCGUUGUAUCUUUUGAUAUAUACGUUUGAAAUCUCAUCCACAUUACCAGCACUAACCUUUCAGUGAGCAUUUAUCCGCCAUGCUCUUUAUUUCGGAGGCUUCUUGAAAGGCUGUUUCAUCAUUUGUUUCUUUGUGUGCAUCUUUCAUACAUUGUUGACGCGUGCAUGUGGUGAAAAGCAAAGGGAAUAAAAGGGAGGCAAACAGUAGAGUGCUGUAGCGGCGACAAUGCUGGAGAAACACUAUGAGAAAUGUUUCUCUCAUCAAGGUCUGCACUAAAGCAGAGCACACGGCUGAAUCUGAGUCCUGGGGCUGUGCCAAAAAUCAGAGCUGCAGCUGCUCUAAAUUAAAAUUAAAGAAGAAUUUCAGGAAAAGUUUAUUUCUAGGGGUAGCAAUAAAAGAAGAAAUACAGACGAACUCAAAUGAAAUAUGAGUGCUGUUGUGAUUACACAUCCCUGUUGUAAACUCACUGGGGGGACUGUGGUUUUUUCAAAAUUGCUGAUUGAAAAACAAAAACCAACUUACAGAUACGUUUUUCUCAAAUUGAGCCGCCAAGAAAGGUCUCCUGCCCAAUUUGGAAAAACAAAACGCUUCUCCAAAAGCAGUAUGAAUGAGAGGGGGAUUGGAAACGCGAGGCACGUUUAAUGUGGAUUCUGUCAUCCUCAAGGAGAACCUUAGAGGCAUCAUUUCAUCUCAUACGCUCUUUAAAAAUGAGAGACAUCUGUUUUUUUAAGUUGUUUACAUGGCAUUAUACCUACACUGUGGAUACCAAGACAUAUUUCACACAACAUAGACAUGAAGAUGGGAAAUCGAAAUGACGGCGUGACAGGAAAAAAGGAGCUCACGAGAAAAAAGACGGAUAGAGUUUCCUGGACGGUCAUCGCUUCCUCCGGGUGAUCUCCUCCUGUUGUCGAACUAAACACCAACUUGCUAGGCGCACCGUGUAAAAUAUGCCAUGUCAUGCUCUGUGGCUCUCAGCGAGACAAGGACACACACACACACACACACAUUCAAACACAAACAUAGUUUCUCCUCUUUGUCUUAGAGAGCAGCCAUCGCCUGAUUCUGAAGGUCAACUUGGACAAACCGAAUAGAACACAAC